UUGACGCCAUUAUUCUCCUUUAGAAACAAGUUGAGAAAGAAUUUUCUUGAAACAACGAUGCUAGUUUACGCUUUUGUUCUUUUCUUGGUAGUUAAAGGUGGAAUUGGACAGGUGGUAGAGUGUAACGAGGAUCCAGUGCCCUUUUGCAGCAGAGGAAUUAGAACCUUCGAAAUACCAAAUUCAGAACAAGAAUUUACAGAAUUAUCCUUCCUUUCCAAUGUCGUCUGUCUCAAAAUCACAUUCUCUACACACUACCCAGUAUGCGAACUAAGAAGUCAGUAUGUGGUAGAGGAUUACAAGGUCUAUCUGCGUGAUUCACUAAACCAAAGCCUUUUGGAACCAGAUCAAGAAACGGAUGCGUCCUCCCACUCUUUACAUUGUUUGGAAUCAUUGAUUUCUGUUGCAUGUGUACUGCACCAAGUUGGAGUAUCAUGUGGAUCUUUGUCAAAACUUUCCCUACUGUUACUGAUUAGAAAAUCGGGAUUUCUACUUCGUUCUUGCAGUCUUGCUGAUUUGGAAAACUUGAAUACCCUCUUCAUUAGUUAUUUGGAAACAAAACAGGAUGUAAAAGGAAUGAUUGAAGAAGCAUUUUGGUUCGAAAGCAAUCGUGUUUAAUAAAAUAAAACAGAAA